AUGGCAAUUUGCAAGAAAAGUGAUAAAUACUCACUGCUUCCUGAACCAGAGUUCAUCACUUUCAGCCUCGAUCAUGUCAAAGGGCUACGCAGAUUUGCUUGCCUUAAUGAUAAACAAAUCUGGAUAUGUGAUAUGGAAGUACAGGUCAUGAAACUUUACGAUACGCAAGGUUCGCUACAAUGUUCGGUCCAGACAGAAAAAGAAACCUCUCCAUUUGAUAUUGCAGUGACAAGUGGCGGAGAAGUUGUCUAUACUGAUGUAAAUAACAAAACAGUGUACAUGAUGAAGAACUCACAGAUAGAAGAAAUUAUUAGACUGAAAAAUUGGACACCCCUUAACGUCUGUAGUACGUCAUCUGGAGAUCUCCUGGUCACAAUGAGUAGUUCAAACUUUAAGGAAUUCAAAGUCAAUCGUUACCGGGGAAAUACAGAGAUUCGGUCCAUUCAGUUUGAUGAUGAGGGAAGACCCCUUUAUUCUCCUGGUUACCUAAAAUACAUCAGUGAAAAUAGAAACCAGGAUGUUUGUGUGGCCGAUUGCAGAGAACACGCCUUAGUGGUUGUCAAUCAGGCAGGCAAACUACGUUUCAGGUAUACUGGAAAUCAAGCUACAUCGAAGAGAUCAUUUGAUCCUUAUGGAAUAGCUACAGACAGCCAGGGAAAUAUUCUUGCAGCAGAUUGUAACAAUCACUGCAUCCACAUUCUGAACCAGGACGGAGAUUUCCUGCGUUAUAUUGAUAAUUGUGAACUACGAACCCCACGUGAACUAUGUGUGGACCCCAAAGACAAUCUUUUAGUGACGGAGUACUAUACAGGUGAUGUAACUAAUGUACUCAAGAAGAUAAAAUAUAAAUCAUACGUAGACAAUUCUAAAGGCGAAAGGUAA